CGGCGGCUUAAUAAGAAUUCCUUUCAAAUCACGUUUUCUCCUUUUCUGAUUUUGCUGCGCAAAAAGAAAGUUUAACAUUUAAUUAAACCAUGGAGAGUUAUGCCAACGCUCGGCAAUUGCUCAAGGAGCCUGUCUCCUUUGCCCAACUCGUGGACAAGGGCGUCGAGUUUGAAAUGGACAUGUCGCAUCGCGACUAUGACGACGACGACGACGAAUUCGAGGAUUGCGAGGACUUGCCAGAUCCGGAUGCUCUUGUUUCGCCCUGGCUGCGUCCCUUUGAUGAGCUGCGCGCCCUGAUGCAGCCCAUCAGCGAGGACAUCUACAAGCGGAUCAUCCGCCAGGGCCAUGCAGAGCGUGACCCAGUGCCGGACAAGGCACGCGUCUCGAUCCGCUACAGCGGCUACUGGGAGGGCGUUGGAGCCCCCUUUGAUUCCUCGCUGCUGCGCGGCACCAAGUUCGAGUUCGAAACCGGGACAAAGAUGGUCCUCGAGGGACUGGAGGCCGCUGUGCGUACCAUGCGUCCGUACGAACAAGCCGAGUUCAUCAUCUCGUACAAGCUGCUCUUCCGGGAGCUGGGCUGUCCGCCUCGCAUCAAGCCCAAGGCCGAUGGGCUCUUCAAAGUGGAGGUCAUUGACUAUACAAUGAUCGGAGAUGGGCAGGCCAUCGAUGGCAUACCCAAGGAGGAUCGCGACAAGUUCUAUGUGGUAUAUCCCAAGGCCCAGGAUCUGCAUUUGUAUGGCAAGGAUUGUGUGAAGCGUUCGCGCUUUCGCUGCGCAGCCACAUCCUUUGAAAGGGCCAUUGAAUCGCUGAACUACUGCCGUCUGGCCAACGAAGAGGAGGAGCGCCAGCAGACCGCCCUGCUGCUUACCCUCUCGCAAAACCUUAUGGUCUGCUACAACAAGUUGAGUCUUCCCCGUCGCGUUUGCAUUGUGAUGAAGGAUGUACGCCGCCUCACUGCCAACGAUCCUCCGUGCAAGGCUCUCUUCCACGAGGCUCGAGCCUUGACCUCGCUGGGCGAGUACCAGCGGGCCCGCAAGAUUCUAAUGCUGGCGCAUUCCAAGCAGCCGGCCAACAAGGAGAUCAAUGAUGAGAUUGAAUGUUUGGAUAAACGUAUCAACAAGUACGAGGAGGCCAGCCGGGAUCUGUGGUCCAAAGCCUUGUGGGGCACAAAGGCCAAGGAAUCUCCCCUUAUUGCCGAGACCAAUGAAGAUUCUCUUAAGGAAGCCAAGGACAAGAAGUUCAAGGAGGAAAUUGAGGAUUUGAUUGAACAGUUUAAAAAGUGUGGAAGGACUUCGAUGAGUUUAAGCCGCCGGGUGUAUUCGAAUGCGGAGGUGGAAGUGUUCAGUGAUAUGGUCAAGGAUCACAAUAUGAAGCUUAUGUACUCGCAUAUUAACCCGGAUCUCCUCACCUUGUCAAAGAAGGAGGAAAAGUGAUGAAGGGACAUAAAAAAGGAAUCUUUCUCCAAUUGAAGUAUUUGGGAAUCACCCAGUAAACUUAAUCCACCAAAUAUCAAGUGCCAUUAAGACUAGGUUCUAGUAGAACCAUAGUUACUUACUAUGAUCAUGUUUUCAUUCUUACUAACAAAGAAUCUCAUUGUUUUGUUACAUUUAACACAUUCCAAUAGAAAUCAAAAACGCAUAUUCGAUAGCUAUUAAGUUCUUGAAGGACCAAUACUAUUGUUAUUACAUUAAUUAAAUGUAAAACCUUACAAAUUAA